AUGCCACGAAUCAAUGAAACAUAUCCUAAAGAGUUCAUUCUACUCGGCUUUGCUAACCAUCCUUGGCUGGAGCUUCCUCUAUUCAUUAUUCUUCUGAUCACAUACCCCAUGGCUAUGAUGGGAAAUAUCGCUAUCAUCCUGGUGUCCAGGUUAGAUCCCCAGCUCCACAGCCCCAUGUAUUUCUUCCUUACCAACCUCUCCUUUUUGGACAUGUGUUACACCACCAGCAUCGUCCCUCAGAUGCUAUUCAACCUGGGGACUUCAAUCAAGACAAUCAGCUAUGCUGGAUGUGUAGUUCAGCUUUAUUUCUUCAGCAUAAUGGGAGGUACAGAAUGCCUGCUCUUGGCCCUUAUGUCUUUUGACCGUUAUGUGGCCAUCUGCAGACCUCUGCACUAUUCCCUCAUCAUGAACCAGCGCCUCUGCAUCCUGUUGGUAUCCUUCGUGUGGCUGGGUGGAAUGACCUACGCUUUCUUAGAAGCCACUCUUACAUUACAGUUGCCCCUGUGUGGUAUCAAUACACUGGAUCAUUUGUUGUGUGAGAUUCCAGUUCUAAUCAAUACAGCCUGUGGUGAAAAAGAGGCUAAUGAACUCAUUCUUUCUGUGGUAUGCAUUUUUAUGCUAGCUAUUCCUCUGUGUUUAAUCCUUUCUUCUUAUGCUAGCAUUGGACGUGCUAUAUUGAAGAUAAAAUCUUCUGAAGGAAGGAAAAAGGCUUUUGGGACAUGCUCUUCUCAUCUUAUUGUAGUUUUGUUAUUUUAUGGUCCAGCCAUUAGCAUGUACAUUCAGCCCCCCUCCUCCAUCACAAGGGACCAGCCCAAGUUCAUGGCUCUCUUCUAUGGAGUGGUGACUCCUACCCUCAACCCCUUCAUCUAUACCCUGAGGAACAAGGAUGUCAAAGGGGCCUUAAGCAGACUGGGAAGGAGCAUUAUCAGGUGCAAAUAA